CGACUCAUUUUGUCCGCCAAUUGGAUGAGAGGGGCGGGGCCAUGGUCCCGUGGUUCUAGGCCUUCUUGGUUCAGACCCCUCUCUCCCCCUUACCUCUCCGCCAUCUUGUUGUUGCCGCGUGUUGCUUUUGGAAGGCUCGUCGGACUGAGAUAAAGCAAGAUGAAUCAAGAAAAACUGGCUAAACUUCAGGCUCAGGUCCGAAUAGGUGGAAAGGGUACAGCUCGUAGAAAGAAGAAGGUAGUUCACAGAACAGCAACAGCUGAUGAUAAAAAACUUCAGAGUUCACUCAAAAAAUUGGCAGUAAACAAUAUUGCUGGCAUUGAAGAGGUGAAUAUGAUAAAAGAUGAUGGAACAGUUAUUCAUUUCAACAAUCCAAAAGUCCAGGCUUCACUCUCAGCAAAUACUUUUGCAAUUACUGGUCAUGCUGAAGCCAAACCAAUCACGGAAAUGUUACCGGGCAUUUUAAGCCAGUUGGGUGCCGAUAGUUUAACAAGUCUUCGAAAGUUAGCGGAGCAGUUCCCAAGACAAGUGUUGGAUAGCAAAGUACCAAAAUCAGAAGAUAUUGAUGAGGAAGAUGACGAUGUUCCUGAUCUUGUAGAAAACUUUGAUGAAGCAUCAAAAAAUGAAGCUAAUUAAUUCAUUAAUAGUUCUGGAAGUUGACAUGGACUAGAUUUAAGAAAUCAGCUGUGUGGUUCCAAAGUUUUACAAAAACAGCGAACAUGACCCGUUUAAUAGUUCAAUAAUAUAAAAUAUUUUGUAUUUUAAUUAUGCUGUUUGUUCAGCAGUUCCUGUCAGUUGAUUUUUGCAUUUUGCACUUACUCCAGGAUCUACCUUUUCAGUUAAAAAGCAAAAAAAAAAAGACAUUUUAAGUGCAGAUUAAGGUGUGUGCGGGUGUGCAUGUGUGUGAAUGUAUGUAUGUUGCUUAACGUGCAGUUGAGGAAAUUGGAGAGCAGAUCUACUUGAUUUUCCCUUCAUCCUCUAAAAUGGAAAUAAAAGAAAACUUUAAUUUGGCUAAAGUAAACUUUUUUAUUGCAAUAAGAUAGUUCUUGUAAAAUAAUGAAAAAAGUAAUAAAUUGGGGAUACCACUUAUUACUUAACAUUCGGUUUUAAUUUCUGUAUUAACUAUUAUAUUUACAAAUGUACUUGACCAUACUGAUGGUGUAUUUGUGUAGUUUCUCAUCAGCCUCCUUUUGAUUUUAAUUUCUACCAAAGAUAGGCUAUCAGUAUGCAUGUUUAUUGCAACUUUUAAAAAUAUUACAUAAGAGCUUCUCUUUUACUUUUAAAAGCUCUUCUCAUGUUCAUCUUAAUAAUAAACGUGGGUUGCAUUUACAUGCUAUCAGAUACUCUAUUUUGUUUUUAGUAAGACACCCUGUUUCUAGGUUGAGCCAAACAAUCAGUGCUGCAUUUCUAAUUUUUCUUGUCCUGCGGGUGAGCAUGCCCACACACAUCCCCACUUCCAUGAGCAGCAGGUGAAUGUGUACGCAAGUGCUCCAGGCUUGCACAAUUGGAGCUGCACACGUGCACAUGCAUGUUUCCCUACCGUCAGAAUCAUCCCCUCCCCCCGCCAGUCCACAAACCCAGAAACUUGGUGAUAUACAUAUUUACAUUUACUGAGAUAAAGAUUGGAGGAUACAUUCUACAGCAUUCAUUGCCUUGUAUUUUUUCUUGGUACACUAUUUUCAGCUAGUCCGUCUUCAAGAUUCUGUACGUGGUUUGAUCUCUUUAUCUCAGCUAGGCAAUACAUUUAUUAGCCUGGGUGUCUUUUCCAGUAGGGUUAUUUUGUUUUGAUAGGGGAUUAUCACUUCUUUUCUGUUCAUAUUUUCAAUUAGAAAAUAGUGCAUUGCCAUACAUAGGUUAUUUUGUUAAAAAGCAUAAUAGUCUAUUAUAAUAAUUUUGCUCCUAAGAGCAGGUAAACUCUCUUACUUUUGGACACUAAAAUCGGGAAAUGUAACUUGGAAUUCAUAGACUUCAUAAGGAAAGAGCUAAAUGUACUGGCAUUAGCAUUUCACAAAGGUCUAAUCCAUCAGUUUUGAAGGUAACCUUCCUUACAUUUAUCUGCAUUCUAUUGUGGGUUGAUAUUGUAUUGCAGUCACUUCUGUAAACAUGACCCCUAAUUGUUAGGUAAUAGUGGCAGUAAAUGUCUGUGGAACUUUUCAAACAAAGGUGCUUGAUAUAAUCUUUGCAGCUGAAGCUCUUGGUUCUUCAAAUAAACUUGAUGUAUUGCAAUGAAGCAUCAUUGUAAAUCUUGCUGAGGCCAAUCGGCUUGAAAAAGCUUUUUUUUUUCACAGCUUAUUUUGGAAUACUUAGAUAUAUCUGCUUUUUCUGCUGAGAUAUGCACCCAGCAACUAUAUUUUGAGGCAUACAGCAUUCUAUAAAAUCAGGCUGACUUCCCAAAACAGAUUUUGUAAUGUCAUCUGGACUGCUCACUAGAUUUUAUAGAUUUUCUUGUUCUAUUUUAUAUAAUACAUGGAUCUUAAUAAAAUAAUUUGAAGGAG